AUGAAGCCUCCGCCAGAUAAAACCCGGCGAAGCUCGUCUCAGUCUGGUGUGGCUCGUCUCAGUCUGGUGUGGCUCGUCUCAGCCCGGCGAAGUUUGUCUCAGUCUGGUGUGGCUCGUCUCAGCCCGGCGAAGCUCGUCUCAGUCUGGUGUGGCUCGUCUCAGUCUGGUGUGGCUCGUCUCAGUCUGGUGUGGCUCGUCUCAGUCUGGUGUGGCUCGUCUCAGUCUGGUGUGGCUCGUCUCAGCCCGGCGAGGCUCGUCUCAGUCUGGUGUGGCUCGUCUCAGUCCGGCGUGGCUCGUCUCAGUCUGGUGUGGCUCGUCUCAGUCUGGUGUGGCUCGUCUCAGUCUGGUGUGGCUCGUCUCAGCCCGGCGAAGCUCGUCUCAGUCUGGUGUGGCUCGUCUCAGUCCGGCGUGGCUCGUCUCAGCCCGGCGAAGCUCGUCUCAGUCUGGCGUGGCUCGUCUCAGUCUGGCGUGGCUCGUCUCAGUCCGGCGUGGCUUGUCUCAGUCUGGCGCUGCUUGUCUCAGUCUGGCGUGGCUUGUCUCAGUCUGGCGUGGCUCGUCUCAGUCUGGCGUGGCUCAUCUCAGUCUGGCGUGGCUCGUCUCAGUCUGGCGUGGCUUGUGUCAGCCCGGCGUGGCUUGUCUCAGUCCGGCGCUGCUUGUCUCAGUCCGGCGUGGCUUGUCUCAGUCUGGCGUGGCUCGUCUCAGUCUGGCGUGGCUCAUCUCAGUCUGGCGUGGCUCGUCUCAGUCUGGCGUGACUCGUCUCAGUCCGGCGUGGCUUGUCUCAGUCUGGCGUGGCUCGUCUCAGUCUGGCGUGGCUCGUCUCAGUCUGGCGUGGCUCGUCUCAGUCCGGCGUGGCUUGUCUCAGUCUGGCGUGGCUCGUCUCAGUCUGGCGUGGCUCGUCUCAGUCCGGCGUGGCUUGUCUCAGUCUGGCGUGGCUCGUCUCAGUCUGGCGUGGCUCGUCUCAGUCCGGCGUGGCUUGUCUCAGUCCGGCGUGGCUUGUCUCAGUCUGGCGUGGCUCGUCUCAGUCUGGCGUGGCUCGUCUCAGUCCGGCGUGGCUUGUCUCAGUCUGGUGUGGCUCGUCUCAGCCCGGCGUGGCUCGUCUCAGUCUGGUGUGGCUCGUCUCAGUCCGGCGUGGCUUGUCUCAGUCUGGUGUGGCUCGUCUCAGCCCGGCGUGGCUCGUCUCAGUCUGGUGUGGCUCGUCUCAGUCCGGCGUGGCUCGUCUCAGCCCGGCGAAGCUCGUCUCAGUCUGGCGUAGCUCGUCUCAGUCUGGCGUGGCUCGUCUCAGUCCGGCGUGGCUUGUCUCAGUCUGGCGCUGCUUGUCUCAGUCUGGCGUGGCUUGUCUCAGUCUGGCGUGGCUCGUCUCAGUCUGGCGUGGCUCAUCUCAGUCUGGCGUGGCUCGUCUCAGUCUGGCGUGGCUUGUGUCAGCCCGGCGUGGCUUUGUCUCAGUCCGGCGCUGCUUGUCUCAGUCCGGCGUGGCUUGUCUCAGUCUGGCGUGGCUCGUCUCAGUCUGGCGUGGCUCAUCUCAGUCUGGCGUGGCUCGUCUCAGUCUGGCGUGGCUCGUCUCAGUCCGGCGUGGCUUGUCUCAGUCUGGCGUGGCUCGUCUCAGUCUGGCGUGGCUCGUCUCAGUCUGGCGUGGCUCGUCUCAGUCUGGCGUGGCUCGUCUCAGUCCGGCGUGGCUUGUCUCAGUCUGGCGUGGCUCGUCUCAGUCUGGCGUGGCUCGUCUCAGUCUGGCGUGGCUCGUCUCAGUCUGGCGUGGCUCGUCUCAGUCUGGCGUGGCUCGUCUCAGUCCGGCGUGGCUUGUCUCAGUCUGGUGUGGCUCGUCUCAGCCCGGCGUGGCUCGUCUCAGUCUGGCGUGGCUCGUCUCAGUCCGGCGUGGCUUGUCUCAGUCUGGCGUGGCUCGUCUCAGUCUGGCGUGGCUCGUCUCAGUCCGGCGUGGCUUGUCUCAGUCCGGCGUGGCUUGUCUCAGUCUGGCGUGGCUCGUCUCAGUCUGGCGUGGCUCGUCUCAGUCCGGCGUGGCUUGUCUCAGUCUGGUGUGGCUCGUCUCAGCCCGGCGUGGCUCGUCCGGAGCAGAAGGUCCUAUGGCUCCUGUCAGCGGAGGUCCUUCUCACCUUUAAUUCUUCCAUCGCUGCCAAAGACCUCAGCGUCACCAGAGACUCUGCAGCGUCUGCGGUGAAACUUGUGGAACUGAAGGAGGAGGAACACAAACAUGUUGGUUCUGUUUGUGCAGCGUCUGUGUCCGUCUGUUCUGAGCUCCGGCCGCUCACGGACCCCAGCAUCAUUUGUUUUUGUUAUCGCAGUAAAAACACGGCAGGAUUCUCUUUCCCGGAGUCCAGCCGGAGUCGGAGCUGA